ACUGGUUUUACUGUUGCUGGGUGAGACAGAAAGUGGAAAGAGCUCAGCAGGAAAUGCCAUCCUCUCAGGAAGAGCCUUUAAAGGGAAAACCACCCGGAGCUGCAGGAGAAACGCCACCGUCUUAGGGUUCCAGGUGGCAGUGGUUGACACCCCAGGGUGGAUGCCCAACUCCACUACUCCACACUGGGUGUCUAAGGAGUUGGGGAGAGCUCUCACCUUGUGCCACCCAGGACCCAAAGCCAUCCUGCUGGUGCUGUCCACCUCCUCCGUGUUUGGUCAGGACGGGUGGAGAGCCAUGGAGGCUCACCUCAGACAGCUUGAAACACCCAUCUGGAGUCGAGCUAUCAUCCUAUUCACUCACGGGGACCAAUUAGGACACCUGUCAAUCCAGGAGCAUAUACAGCGACAGGGUGGGACUCUGCAGUGGCUGCUGGAGCGAUGUGGGCACCGGUACCAGGUUAUGUCCAGCCAAUCCAGUAUCUCACAGUUUCACGUUGGACAGCUCAUUUGGAAGAUUCGGAAGAUGGCAGAGGUUUCAGAGCAGAUCAGAGAGAUAUCCUGCAGAGUGAGAACCCAGCUUGGAGUUCUGAAUGUGAGGGUGGAGCAGCGGUGGAACACGAGGCAGCAGAUAUAUGAUAAUCAUCCAGGACAAAGACGAAAGAUUGGCUCAGGAGUGCAAAGAGGCACAGACGGUUUGAGGCCUGCACUCAGCUUCAUCCUGCUGGGAAGGAGAAAAUCAGGGAAGAGCUCCGCAGGCAACAUGAUCCUGGGCAGAGAGGAGUUUCAGAGAGACAAAAAGACAGUUCAGUGCGAUGCGGGGCACGCAGAGAUCUCAGGGUGGUCUGUGACGGUGGUGGACACUCCUGGGUGGAGUCUGUUUGGUCAGGCUAAACCUACACAGGUGAGGAGAGAGAUCCUGAGGAGUCCAUCGUUCUGUCCUGCUGGGAGCAAAGUGAUCUUCCUGCUGGCUGUUCCUGUGGACUCAUUCUCAGAGAAGGACAGGAAGGCUGUGGAGACGCAUGUCAGAUUGCUGGGGGACGGCGUGUGGGGGAGCUGUGUGGUGCUGUUCACCUAUGGAGACACACUGAAGGGAAGUACAAUUGAGCAUUACAUAAAAAAGAAGGAAAAGUCUCUGCAGUGGGUGCUGGACAUGUGUGACCAAAGGCAUUAUGUUUGUGAUACGAACAUGAGCGACCCCACUCAAGUGGAACAGCUUCUUGAGAUGGUAUACAAACAGAAUUUUAAAACCUGA